ACUGUCAAAGUCAGGCAGUAUCAAUAACAGCCUUUCACUUGUUUUGUUGUUCCGUUGUUCGUUUUUUCACUUUGGUUUUAGGUAGGUAGGUACGACUUUCGAGUUUUCUCUUUUGUUAUUUAUUGUGUUUGAGGUGUGGCAGCGUAGGGUUCAACUCUGUUGGAAGAUAACAAAUUUAGCUUUAAAAUGAAUCAAUAUCAAACAGAACGUAGGCUUUGUUGGUGCUAUGGUAUACUGGCGAUAUUACUUAGUAUAUCAGUAAUAUGCAUUGCGAUUCCAUAUAAUCAUUGGCGACCAACCUUAGAUGUUUGCCUCAACUCUUGGAUAGAGAACGCUAAUUGUGGCUGCAUAUUUUAUGGCGUCAGCACAUCGCAGUACUUCAAUGGAGGACAUAAUUCUUAUUGUUUAUAUGCUGUAUUUGCACCAAUACCCCUGAUAGUGUAUGCAAUAGUGAUGGUGUUGUUCCACAUGUAUAGAGUAUGUAUUAAUAAUGUAGGACAAUAUGAAGAUGAAAAAAGUACUGCAAUGGAAGAAAUAGAAGGUGAAGCUAUUGUUGUUACAACAAGGACCCGAGUGAGCCAGAGGAAUGAUGCAGUGAUAUAUUGCUGGAUUCCAACAGCCUGUAUUGCUGCUGUAUUGUGUUUAUACAACCUCAUACAUGCUUCUAUAAUCACCGAUGGCUUCUUGAAAACUUGCAAUCAAUACCGGUCACAUUUGGGCAGGGAGAUACAUGCCUCGGGGGACCAAAUUACAGCAAUUCACUUCAGAUUGACUUGCCAGGCAAUUUUCGACUUUAUGGACUAUUUGCUGAGGAAUACACUUCAAUCUUCAGCAAGUCGAGCAGAAUUCAUUAACACAGGUUUAUCCUUGCAGCUGGCAUUGAUAUCUUCAUGGGUGGCUGUAAUAUUUUGGGUGGUUAUUGUUGUGUACACAUCCACGAGGGCAUACAAAGAAAGAGAUGUACUCACAUGCUGUGGAAACUGAUAAUUGGGCAUCUUUACAGUUUUUUUUCUCCCUAUUUAAAUGUAGAGUAAUAUUUAGCCCAAAUAUUUGAAGUGGUAGGAGACUACACCCAUUGACCAUUAAGUUUAAUCCUAAAAAAUAAGUCCAUAAUAUCAAAUAACUAGUCACUAUCACCAUGCAGUACUUACUCAAUAUUUUUUAUUUUACAAUAGCCAAACAACUAUAUUGAUUGCAAAAAAAAGUAGACACACUACAUAUUACAAUGCAAUAACAUAUAGAUGUGUCAUAGAUAUUCAUUGUGUUCUUAAAUAUAAGGACGAAAUGGAAUGUUAUGAGCGCGGCCUCACUACUUUGCGCCGUUUUCCGAAAACUUGACUGUGGCAUAAUGGCUUUUAGGACAAACCAGUCAACCUUAUGGUUUAUGGGAAUAAUAGACUGAUUUAUGAGAUCCGAUUUUUGGAAACCAUUGGACUAAGUAUCCUUACUAUUUUUACACUAUCACCCCUCCUAUUUUUCGUUUUCCUUCUUUGUUUGGUUGAUUUUCAGCCUCUACGUCCCAAGCAGCUCUAAUUUACUGAAAAUGUCACUUCUCUGUGGUAUUUCAUGACGCGAUGUAUAAGUAGGUCAUUCUGCAAUAUGACAUGGGAACAUAAGCUUUAAUAUCCAAGCAUCGAUUUUGCGACAUAUUAAGCUUAUCAUUAGUAAUUAGUAUCAUGUUAGCAUGGGUUUUUCCCUGUUAUUCAUAAAAAAGUUAAAGUAAAAAAUACUAUAACAUACUUUAGCUUAAUAUUUAGUAUGGUUUAUUAUUUAUUAUAUUUUAUAUAUGUAGCUUAGUUUGUAAGUGGUUCAUUACCUGCCACUUAAUUUUUAAAAAAAGUGUAGCUAUGAGUAUAGAAUAAUUCAGUGUUAGCACAAUUAUUAUUAGUUACUAUUUUAAAAAUAAAAAUAUAGAUUUUGAGCUUAGGACUGUCACCACAAAAAAUAUUAUUUUUGUAAAACUUUUACUAAUACUUACUCAAAAUAGUAAAUAAACAGUAUUUUUACUUGACUGGUAAAAUCAAUUAAAUGUUAAUAUGACUACUCUUUAAUGCAACGAAAUACGUAUCAAUAAGCAUCAAAAAUAAGACUGAUAAAUAGUACUGAAACAAAUUAUAGAACAAAACCAUGCAAAGUUUUAUUCCACCGAAUAAAUGUAUUAUUAUAAACAGUUUUAUUAUAAGUAUAGGUGGUUAUAGAGAUGAUUACAUUUAUUCUAUGUAUAAGGUUUUCAAUGUAAUGUUACUGUGCCGUCUAGACCAACUAGUUUUUUAUAUUAGUAAAUAAGAUUAUAAUUAUUGUACGUAUACACGACGUACACGUGUCAUUGUUAUUUACAGUUAUUAUGCUUUAGUUUUGACGAAAUAUACGUAUAUUUUUUCUUGAAA